AUGAACCACGACAUCGACGAAAUGGUAAAACGCUGCUCUGAAUGUCGAACUCUUCUUCCUGUCAAUCCCAAAGAACCUCUGCAGCAACCACCUCUACCCACACGACCUUGGGACAAACUAGGCGUUGACCUUUAUAGUCUAAUUAAUGACCGAGAAUACCUUAUCGUCACGAACUAUUUCUCCUCCUUCACUGAAGUUUAUGAUCUUGGUAAAGACGCAACAGCACCAGCGUUGAUCAAAGAACUCACGCAAUUGUUCUCUCGAUUUGGUCAACCUGUUGAAGUCGUAUCAGACGGUGGUUCACAGUUUACUUGCAAAGCCUUUGCAACGUUUGUUGAAAGUUGGAAUUUUAUACUCACUGUAUCUUCUCCUACUCACGCUCAGUCAAAUGGCAAAGCCGAACCGCGGUAA